GGUAGUGUCAGUCGUGCGGUGCUUCUCGACGGUGUUAUACAAGUUUCCUAUGUUAAAGAAAGAACUAAAAUAAUAAUAAUAAUAAUAAUAUAAAGUUUUUGUGAAGUAUUCGAGGAUACAAAUUUUAACGACAUGAAUGAUCAAACCCAUUGAUAGUUGAAUAAAUAUAAAUAAAAUAAAAUAAAAUAAAAUCAGCGUCUAAUAUUUGAACGGAAUAAUUUGGUUGUUGUAUUUUGUUUGUUUUUUAUAUAUAAUAAUAUUAUUUAUUAUACUUGUUGGGAUAAAAUGAAAGUACGAACUCGCGAUUGAAAAUUAUUAUUUUUAUUAUUAUUAUUAUUAAAAGAAAAAGAAGAGUAGGGGGGUGGUGGUAGUAGUUUUGUAACAGUGAACACCAUGGUGGAUAAAUUGCACGAAUACGAAGGUUUUGCUGGUAGAAUUCACAAUGUUCGUGAUAAAGUCAAAGAGAGAUGGGACGUAUUUAAAGAAUGGAAAAACGGUGUACCGUUGGAUCAAGGAUUACCAGGUGUUUUGAAUCAUCUUCGUGGUCCUCCUAAAUUAGAAAGAACGUUAGACGAUUAUGCUCAUAUUUACAGAAAAAAAACACGACGAGAAUUGAUAAGGGUAUCGGCGGCCGUCAUGGGAAUCGAAUUUUCUUAUGCAGCUGAGACUGCAUUCGUUUCACCAACGUUAUUGAAAAUCGGUGUGGAUCAUCAACACAUGACCUUGGUUUGGGCUUUAAGCCCACUAGUCGGUUUCUUCGUAACACCAAUCUUAGGUAGCGUGAGCGAUCGUUGCAGAUUAAAAUACGGCAGAAGACGACCAUUCAUACUUUUGUUAGCAAUCGGAGUUUUAAUAGGUUUAAUUUUGGUACCUAACGGCGAGGAUAUGGGUUAUGCUUUCGGUGAUAUUCCAUCAUGGAGCAAUCAAACAAUCCCAUUAAGUCAUAGAACUACGGCAAAAUUAUCUAAAGAUGAUUCAUCUACGAUUAAACCAUCCUCACAUUCAUGGGGUAUAUUUUUUACGAUUUUGGGAACGGUUCUUCUUGAUUUUGACGCUGAUGCUUGUCAAAGCCCAGCCAGAGCUUAUCUUCUUGACGUUACUAUACCUGAGGACCAUGCCAAAGGAUUAAGUACGUUCACCAUAAUGGCAGGACUCGGUGGUUUUAUGGGAUACGGAUUAGGUGGUAUCAAUUGGGAUGCUACUGCAAUUGGUGUUAUGUUAGGUGGACACGUUCACGCUACUUUCACAUUGAUAACUAUUAUUUUUAUAAUAUGCGUUGCUUGUACUAUCACGAGUUUCAAAGAGAUUCCAUUGGAGGUACUUGAAAGGGAUCAAUAUCAACAAAUUCAAGAAGAAAAGACCGUAGAAUCAAUGGGAAACGAAUAUGAUAAAAUAACUAACGAAGAAUGUACUUCAUACGGAGCUGUUGAUAACGAACAAGAUAUUAACGUGAACAAAAAUGAUGAAUUCGUUUUAAAACCACUACCGGUACAAGAAUCAAUCAAAAGACCUGGUGAAGCACCGAUGAUACCUGAUAUACUCACCACCACCACCACCACUACUACUCAAGACCCUAAUCAAACGACAUAUGAAAUAACUGAUGUUCAAUCUGAUCCUAAAGUAUCAUUAAGAGAAUAUCUUCUUUCUAUCGUUUAUAUGCCUCAUAGUCUUCGAAUGGUUUGUUUGACCAAUCUUUUCUGUUGGAUGGCACACGUAUGCUAUUCUUUAUAUUUCACCGAUUUCGUUGGCGAAGCUGUUUACGGUGGUAAUCCUCAGGCUCCUGAUGGUACGAAAGAACGAGAAUUAUACGAAAGUGGUGUUCGUUUUGGAUGUUGGGGAAUGUCAAUGUAUUCUUUAUCUUGUUCGUGUUAUUCGUUGAUCAUUGAAAAAUUAAUAAAACGUUAUAAAGCACGUAAAGUAUAUAUUUGUGGCCUAUUGUUUUACAGUACGGGAAUGAUGUUAAUGGCAAUAGUAAAACAUCCUGCUGGUGUUAUAAUAUUUUCUUGGACAGCUGGUGUGAUGUAUUCAACAUUGUUUACCAUGCCUUAUUUAUUAGUUGCACAUUAUCAUGCUUCCUCGACGUUCGAAGUUACGUUCGAAGGAGAAGCUAUACAAAGUGGUACCGUUCGUGGUCUUGGUACUGACAUAGCAAUUGUAUCUUCCAUGGUCUUCUUAGCACAGUUUUUUCUUUCUUGUUGUCUUGGAACUAUAGUUAGUGUGUCUGGUACAACAACAGCGGUUGUAUGCGUUGCAAGCACUUUAGCAGCCUGUGGUGCUAUUUCAGCUACUCAAAUAAUGUACCUGGAUCUUUAAAAAUAAUAAUCAAAUACAAUAACAAUAGAAUCAAAUUUAAAAAAAAA